CUGAUCAUACAGGUUGAAGGUUGGUCUACUGCAAAGGAGACUUAGAACCGCUGAAAAUUGCUGCCUCAUUUUGAUAUUGUAGUGAAGGUGUCAUGACUCCUGCUAAAGAUAGUGAUGAUGCAGCUCAAACUCCUUCAACGUCAAAAAACAAAUACAAGGAUCCUGAUGAUGGACGCCAAAGGUUUUUGCUUGAGUUGGAGUUUAUACAGUGUCUAGCUAACCCAACCUACAUCCACUAUUUGGCACAGAAUCGUUAUUUUGAAGAUGAAGCUUUCAUUGGUUACUUGAAGUACCUUCAAUAUUGGCAGCGGCCAGAGUACAUAAAAUUUAUAAUGUACCCUCAUUCCCUUUUCUUUCUUGAACUUCUACAAAAUGCAAGUUUCCGCAAUGCAAUGGCACAUCCAGGCAGCAAGGAAUUGGCGCAUAGACAGCAAUUCUUUUUCUGGAAAAACUACAGGAACAAUCGGUUGAAACACAUCUUACCACGACCUCUUCCUGAACCCACUGCAGCACCUCCAGCCUCAGCUCCACCUCCGGUGCCUGUGCCAGCCACAACUGUUGCCGUAGCUCCUCCUCCUGCCCCUGUUUCUGUGCCAGCCCUUUCUCCUAUGCAAUACACCUUGCCGCCUCCGCCUGGCUCUGCUCUUCCGAAGAACGACAUGAGAAAUACUGGGGUUGAUCGAAGAAAGAGAAAGAAAGAAGGUUGAAUUCAGUUUUUUUUUUUUCAUAUGCUGUCUGUAAGACAGAUGAUGCAUGACAUGUGCUAGCUUAGGUAAUUUCUAUAUCCUCACCCAUUUACUUGUUUGACAGAUUGUAGUAGCAUGAGGAAACUGAUUCAUGUUAUCCGACUCUUGUUGAUAAAAAAGUUAAAUUUAAAUUUUGGCAUUUGUGGAUUUCUCCUGGUUCUGAAAAUGAAAACAAAGCUUGAUUAUUGUCUAUGUUCUUUGAGCCAUGCAGUUAUGUCCAGGAAGAAGAAAAAUAUUUCUAGAGCACUCUGAGAAUGGUUUUUCUUUGGUCCAA